UAUGAAGCCUGUGAUGGAAAUCGUCAACUACAUCCGCACACAUGCGCUUAACCACAGGCAAUUCAGGAAUAUCAUCGCUGAGCUUCACCAAGGGCUUCCAGGUGACCUGCCGCUGCACUGCACUGUGAGGUGGCUGUCAAAAAGCAAGGUACUUUCUCGCUUCUUUGAGCUUUUGGAUGCUGUGAAACUGUUCAUGGAAGAGAAGGACAAGGACUAUCCCGAGCUCUCAGACCUCGAGUGGAUUAUGGAUCUGGCAUUUUCAGUCGACAUGCUGUGUCACUUGGACAGACUGAACCUGACCCUGCAGGCCAGUGACCAAGUCACCAGCGCUGCCAUGAAAAAGAAAGACAGAUAUGCAACACUGGCUGCAAACCUGCACAAAAGCUUUGUGACCCGGUUCUGUGAUCUACAACUAAAAAGACCACAGAUUACGUUCCUCGUCGACCCAUUAAAUGUGGACACAGACUGUUUGAAAGCCCCGCUCGUCACAGAUGUGGCUGCGGCUGAGUUGGAGAUGAUCGACCUUUGUGAGGCGGACCAACUGAAAGCUGUUUUAAGGUAACAGAAAAAAAAAACAAGUGGCUUUUAGUCUCUGACUAGUUGGCCACUCCUGACACAGAGGAUGACAUGCUGUGGGAGCAAGAUGGGAUUACUGUUCAUGAUGCAAUGUAGGAGGCACCAGAACUGGACGAAGUCAUUAAUGAUGAGUUGGUCAGUGUCAGAGAUGUUGAUGAUGCAACUGGUCUAAUUUUUCCUACGUGUUUCUAGAGCAUCACUGAGGUCAUGAACCCAUUUUUUGCAGUCACUGUCUACUCAAAUGGCCUGUCAUACAAAUAUUGCAGUAACACUAAUGUAUCAAUUUAUAGUGUAAUGUAGCUUUUUGAGGCCACUAAAAUGUCAUCCACAAAUAUCAAAAUUUGGCUUUUGUUUGGGGCAUUAAAGGAGGCCAAACACCUUGUGAUUACUUCUGAGAAAAUUAUUGGGCAGUCACAAAAUCCCUGGGAUAACAUUGUGAACGUUAAUUUUUCACCUUUGAACGUAAAUGUGAACCAGUAUUGGCUCUCAGGGUGGAGAGGUAUACUCUCAAAGGCAUUAUUCAGGUCCACCACCGAAAACCACCUGGUUUCGGGUUGUAAUGAGUUCAAAAGAGUGUGUUGAUUAGGAACAUUUGCCGCACGCGAAUCUCCUGCUGUUUACUGUUAAAUCCUGAAUUAAUCUCCAUUUGUUAGUUUAUGCUUUUUGGACUGGGAAUAUAGGCGUACAUGGGCUAGGCACACGCGUAAAAUUCCUGCCUUUUUUAAUUCGGCAACCACGGAUUGGAUGCCUAUUUCAGCGGGUAUUGUCGAAUUAUCGGUGGUUGUUCCAUUUUUCCCUGUAAAAUUACUGGUCGUGUGUUUGUCAUGAGUCCAUCAUCAGCCGGUCCAGUGCUCCACAGCCCGGAUGGGAGAUGACAAAUGGCAUCUUCCUCAACAGGGGUGAGCACAUAAACUUCGGCUAAUCAGCUCUAGUGGACUCGUGCAAACGUAUCAAAAUUCCAUCAAACACGCAAUCUGCACCAUCCUGAUUUUGUUUCUUCAACCUCGUCGAAGUUUUCUUAUGGGACCUAAAUUUUGUGUGGAAUCACUCCGUCGAAAUUGUUCGCCUCUCUCCAUUCACAUUGUUUUGACUUCGCGAGUGAAAUGUGUGGAUGCUGCCCAGGAGGGAGCAGCGCUUUCACUUCCGCGGUGAGUCUGACAGUCGCAAAACACCACUUUCCUUUCCAAUAAAUGUAAUUCACCUGCACUUAGUUGUUCAGCCAAUUCCAAAAACAAUUUGGUGUAAUCUGGAUCAGGGCCCGGGGAUUCUUUGUACUUAAUGGUGACAUGUAAAUAAUUUCGGUAGUGCAUGUCUCCUCCCUGUCGGACCCUCCCGUGAGCUACUUUUAGUAAAUUUUCAGUCAUAUUCCUCUUCAGGCAAAUCCAGCGACCAAUAUUAAUGUGCCUCAUUUUCUUGAAUUUUGAUGUUAGCUUCCAUUCGCCCCUGUUUAUUAAUUGCGAUGCUAAUCUCUAAUUGUGUCAAUCCGUCGCGACCUCAUAAAUUGAGCAGGCUGUAGAACUGCUUCCACACUCGUCUUUUUAUUUUAAUUUAUUCAUCGUGACUGCGCAACUCGGUAGUAUGGAACAAAACCUCAGGGUUGGACUAAACCAUGAGUUCCAUGCAUGUAAACCUUUUUUCGGCUUGUUCUUCUGGUUUCAUCAUAGGGUCAGUCUGAUGACGCAUGAAAUCAUUUUUGAGGUCGAACAUUCGUUUGUUUACUUGUAAAGUUAAUGUUUACCACAGGAUGCUCUGCUUUUUUCUUUUCCUGCUCGACCGUUCAUAAUUUAUUUUUUUUCAAUUUUACGACUUUGAAUUUCUCUGGCCCUAUCAAGAAGGGCCUUACAAUAAACCAGUGUUUACAGUGGGUAUUGUCUUUUCUCUUCUGCCUGUCUUUAAUAGAUAAUUUACUGAAGUUUGUCCAAUUCUUCAAAGUUGUCUACAUUUCCAGAAAAUCCAUACUUUUUCUGCCACUUUUUGGUGAAUUUUGUUUUUCCCUUGUAAUCAAUUUCAGCUAAACGACAUUUUUCCUUUACUUCAGCAUCGGAAAGUGGACAGUUGGAAUUCUUGGUCGACAUUGCUGCCAUUUCUGACGGUCUUAUUUCUUAUAGGCGUCUCCUCAGUUUUGAGAAAAAUUCAAAGUGCCUGAUUUCGUGUUGAAUACCAAGCUUCUACUCCCAAUUCAGAGCAGGUAUUACCUGGGUGUUUUUACUCAUGACCCUCAGUGAGUUUUACAUUUCUCAAACUUUGUACACAUUCACUCUCACAGUCUGAUCAAUUUCUGUGUCCUGAAACUAAAAGUUUUCUAUUUUUCCAAGUGUUGUACAAACACUGACCUGUGAAAAAUAGGAAAUAUACUAGUCUUUUGACCAGAUCUUCUGUACUAUUUUUCCAAGUGUUAUAAAAACAUUGACCUAUGAAAAAUAGGAAAUAUACUAGUAUUUCGACUAGAUAUUCUGUAUUACUUUUCAAAGUGUUAUACAAACACUGACCUGUGAAAAAUAUGAAAUCACAAGGGACAGAAGGGAGACCCAAUACAUGUGUGCUCCCUCAGACUGCCAAUGUGGUCGUCCCUGACUUCUCUUUUUAUUGCUUUCUUAGGUCAAAAUGCUGACACAGAUAGCUACACCAACAGCACAUAAACACUAAGGUACAUGUUUCUUCAAGGGUGCAAGAGUGUCUACACAAAGUUUAAGUUUGUGUUAAUAUAUUUAAAGUGCCACUGACACCAAAAAUUACAUUCUAAAAUAGGUAUUGUUUACAGUAGCGCAAAGUUGCGUCAGUCUAAUUUGACACUAUGCGCACCACAGUUUGUCUGUGACGUCAUGUUUGUCUGUCAUGUCAUGUGCAGGCGUCAGACUGGAUCCCUGGUAUUGAAAACACGCUGUGCCGAAUUCAAUGGCAGAUGAAUGAGAGCGAUUUUCGGAUUUUUCUGAUGCCCUGUCUGAGACUGAAGCUCUUUUUGAGGAAGAAAACAUCUCAGAAGCGACCGGGGCUAUUUUACUGUAUUGUUUUGAGCCAUAUUUAGACGAUAUGCAGAUCACUUCUCCACUAACAACAGACUCCCCACAGACCCAGACGAGGAUUAUGAGGGACCCGAUGAAAUAUUCAAAAUGACUGGCCCGUAAUUGUUCGUUUUCCUAACCCAUUUACAAGUCUUGUUUAUGUAGCGUACUCUUUGCCCAUGGCGGGCAAAGUAAAUAUCACUGAUGUUAUCAAAAUUCAGUGAGAGCUAUGUGUUAUGUGUCUUUUUAUUUUAGAUAUUAAUUAUUUUUUCUUCUUUUUUAUUUUCCUCUCUUAUGUCCUUUUUUUUUAAGUUUAUGAUGCGCAGGUUUUGUUACGUUCUGAGAGACGGACUCUUUUACGUCAUCGGACGCGGAUUUCUAAAAUGUUCCGAUAAGAACGAGACUGGCUGUUGACGGGAGCAUCUUACUACUACUGCUUAUUUUGCACAAGUACAUGGACGCCACACUGUCUUCUGCCUUUCGUCUUUUGACACACUGUCUUCUGCCUUUCGUCUUUUGACAUUUCCAGAACAUUUGCCUGCUUCGAACAUUCUCUGGAAGUAACAUUUGACUAUUUGGAACAUUCGUUUGACUUUGGUGCCUAGAAUAUUUGUUCAUCUGAGAUGACAUGCUGUAGCAAAGAAGAAGAAUGUCGUUUGGCCAGUUAGCUUAUGUUACACGCAACUAAAAUGUCUUUGUACUUAUAUUUUGUGUUAUUGGUUUGUGUUGUGUUGUCUGUGAUUAAACACAAUACAAAUGCUUUGUUAUAUUUUGCUGGUUUGACCAAGGGGAUUUAUUCUAAAUUCGGAUGUAACAUAUACUAUAAACUAAAACAAAUUAGACCUCACCCCCACACCCAUAUUAUUUUUUUUAAUAAUGCUAUACACACCUGUCAUUUGAAACCCACAAAGCUCUUGUCCUUUCCACCUGUGCAAUCCAUUUUUCAUGAUGAAUCAGGUCUUUUGGAAACAUGUGAAGAGUGAGGGGGUGAAAGAAAUAUUUUUUGCUUGAUUGUUCGUUGCACUGGGGACGUGCCUUGUAUCAAUCCGUGUUGUAUCAAUGUGCCUCAUGUAAUGUAGUACGUACUCUAAGAUGAUCUGGCUUUUUCUUGGGGGUUGGGUGCACUGAAUCCGCAAUAGGUGAAGCGCAAAAUAGAGGAUUACUGAAGUUGCGCGUCGCUGCCUUCUGUGGGAAUGACGACCUUUCCAAUGUGGCCACCACACACACACACCGAUUAGCUAGUGUUUCUAUCUGUGCGUGCAAAGGCCAGUAGAAAUUUGUUCGGGCAUUUGACUCUCUUGUCAUUUGAUUUGUGAACUAGUUAAAUGUCAGUAGCAGUUAUGUUAUAUUGGAUGUGUUUGUGUGGGGGUGCGGGGGGUGACCGAGUUUUUAUUCCAAGAUGAGAUCCCUGAGUUAUUGAUGGUAU